CCUCUCUGGUGUGAGCAGACUGGCUGAGCAGGAUUAACCCGGGGCUGGUUUGUCCUCGGCUGCAUUAAAGCUGGAGCUGCUGCAGCUGCGAACACAUCAAAGGCUCUGCUCUCUCCUCACUGCAGCUCCACCGACGGCAGGUCCAACUGGAUGGUGGAGGAGCCGUUUCUUCUUCUUUUUUACGCACAGCGAGGAUCGGUGUCCGGUCUAACACAACAAGGAUAUAAAAAAACGGACGUACUUUACGAGUUCCAGCUGUCUAUGUCGAGUCCUGUCGAAAUGCUGCACUGAGGAGGAACCUGCUCCCCGGUUGUGUUGAUCCUGAGGCUGCAGUGGGGGGAUUGCGGUACAACAAGGUUAAUAAUCAGCAUCAAUAAAAGGUCUUCUCUGUGAGCAGGAGACCCGACUUUUUUAAGGGUGAUUCUUGCCCCUGUGCGGGGGGAUCGGAGGAUAGAUCUAUAGAAAAUUAUGGCCACCUUACUGCGGAAGAUCGGUCUCAUCCGCCUGCACGACCGGGACACCGAGGACCCAAAGCACCAUCAGGGCUCGCUAAAGGGCUCCAAGGGAGGGAACCAGAAAAACAACGCCAACAAACACUGUCAGACCGCCAACGAGACCAACAACAUCCUGAGCACCCCGGAGAUCAAGGCGAGGAAGCUGGACCAGCUGGGCAAGGACAAGGCCGGGUCCGGGAAGGAUAAGCAGCAGGGCAAGGAUGCGAAGGAGAAGCAGCAGACUGGAGGAGGAGGAGGUGGGAGUAAAACCACCAGUGCCUCCUCCUCUUCGAUACCACCGCUGGCGCCUCACCGGCAACACUGCACCCAGGUCCGGACGCGCAGGCUGAUGAAGGAGCUGCAGGAGAUCCGGAGGUUAGGGGACAACUUCAUCACGGUGGAGCUGGUGGAGGACAACCUGUACGACUGGAACGUGAAACUGCACCAGGUGGACAAGGACUCGGCGCUGUGGCAGGACAUGAAGGAGACCAGCACCGAGUUCAUACUGCUCAACGUCACCUUUCCAGAUAAUUUCCCCUUCUCGCCUCCGUUCAUGCGCGUCCUGACGCCCCGGUUGGAGAACGGAUACGUGCUGGACGGAGGUGCCAUUUGCAUGGAGCUGUUGACCCCCCGCGGAUGGUCCAGCGCCUACACGGUGGAGGCCGUGAUGAGGCAGUUUGCAGCGAGUCUCGUAAAAGGACAGGGCCGUAUAUGUAGGAAAGCAGGGAAAUCCAAGAAAGCAUUCAGCCGCAAGGAAGCCGAGGCCACCUUCAAGUCCCUGGUGAAGACCCACGAGAAGUAUGGCUGGGUGUCUCCGCCCGUAUCCGACGGCUGAGCGUCCGCCGACCCUCCCACCCCCAGCGCUAGCCGGAUAAAACCCCCAGCUAGCACCGACACGCAAAAUGACACACCACGCUAACUCAACAAUCUCCCAUCUUCACCUUUUGCUGUUACUCUUCUAAGAGUUUUUUUUUCUUUCUUGGUUUGUGUCUGUGUUUUAAUUUUUUUGGAGGUUGUUAUUUUUUUUUGUUGCCCUCAUCUCCACCAAAAACUCUCGGAGAGCAGACACACCGCCAUCAUCUUUCGUUCCCCUCCCUCUCGCCCAGGGAGAUACUUCUGUCCCCCAUUUUGGAAAGACCUGUGAGGGAGGUGUGUGUGUGCGUGUGUGUGUGUUUUUCACUCCAUUGGACAUCUACUGGGAGUGUGUGUACGUGCAUAGGAGUGUGCGUUACUGUCGUGGAUUUCUUUUUUUUGUCGUAACGCACACCCUUGCACGUUCGGGAUAAAUCGGUUACUGUGGACGUUUCCACCCUAGUGAAAGACUACUGAAUGAAGAAGACUCAUUCCCCCUUCUCCUGUCCUCUUCAUCCCACCCCUCGCCCCAUAUUUCUCUACAGCACUGAACCGGCAUCACUUCCCGCCGUCUCUCUCUGUAGCCGUCAGGUCAUUUACAUAUAAAUGAAGCUGUUAAUGUUUAAUAGACGGGCAGCGCGCUGGCGUUUAUACUUACUCAUUCGCUCCUUCGUUUCCCCCUUCUUUCGACUGUGCCGUUGCUCACAGUUCAAUGCAACAAGAUUGUAAUUUACAUGGAGCUGUGCUCUUUCUCUCUCUAUUACUUUAGCUUGCUUUGCUCACUUUCUUUCUCCUUCUUUCUCUCCGUCUCUCGUGGCUAAAUUUAGAGCUCACUGUUGCAUAGAUUGGGAUAUUGAUUUCUAAAGGAGAAAUGAAAAAAGUCACAUGUUGCUUUAUGCAGAGACUAUGUAUGAUAAAUAGAAUGACAGUCAGUCACCCCUUUCUUUCUCUCUCUCUCUACUCUCAUGUUAUCGUGUGCGUGUUUGAGAGUGAGUGAGUGAGUGAGUGAGUGUAUGUGAGUAGCAGAGGAAGAAGACUGUAAUUCCCAUGAUUUAGAUACCAGAUGGUACAGCUGAAGGCCAUGCCUCAGAGAGUGUGUGUAUGUGUGUGUGUGAGCAAGGGAGACAACCCUUUAAACAGAGAAGAAUAUGAUUUACUGUGAAUGACACUAAGGCCUAAAGGGAGUUCUGUUUUCUUUUCUAAAGUACUCGUCGCAGUCUUGUUCCACUUUCUAUGUCAGCUCCUGAUUAUUAGUACUGUAAACACGUGAAUAUCUCGUCUGUCUCUCUCCGAUCCGUGUAAAGAACUUAAAGGACAAUGGGAUAUAAGGAGGUUUAGCUGUGCGUCAGACGCCUACACACACACCCGCAUAAGCUCGCCCACACUCAACACACACACACACACAGUAACACCCAGAAAUGAAGACGGACACAGGCUCUAGCGCCGCCGAGGACGGAGUGGUGCUUUAAAUGAGCCAGCCUGAUUGAUGUCUGCUGAAAGGGAGAGACUGAAGGCAGAAGAAGAACAGAGCGGAAAAGGAGGGCAUUGCGUUUCUUUGAUCGCUACCGACUGCUUCUGGAAAUGUCAGGUGGCUUGCAAAAUGGCGGAAGAUAGCUAUUAGAUGCUCUGUGAUUAUAUAAAAGACACGUUCCUGAGUUUCAACCUUUUGAAAAGGACUUUUAUAAAUAUCUGAUAUAAACUCUGAGGCUUCAGCAAUGUCCCUCUCAACCAAUCUGGCCUCCACUAGCCACAGACUAUCUGUCCAUCCUCAUGUGUUUGUUUUGCUGUCUGCCAGUUAAAUGUCAGAGGGGGAGCUGCUAAUUGGUCUGACAUUUCAGCCGAGCGUCAUUAGAGAAGAGCCGCUGAGAGGAGAAAGAUGGAGGAUGUCAAACCUCCCGCCCGCGUUGACAUUUUGUCACUCCUCCCCUGUUUUUGGGGGGAGGGUGGUUGAGGGUUUUUUAGGAGCAUCUAGAUACCCGUCGUCUCUCAGCAGGCCACAACCUAACCCUCCGUCGCGUUGCCAGCAUGUCGCAUUUGUUUCGCGCCACGCUACGUUUUCAUGUGUCGCGUCUGUGGUCGAUAACAAAUGUGUGUGUGUGUGAGUGCAUGAGCGAGCAAAAAUGUGUGUUACAACCUCCCAUGGUGAAAAAAAAAGGCAAAAGACUAAAAAACACACCAUCUGGUAUGUGGUCAUGUACGGGCGCGUGUUGUGCCUCUUUGAAUCCGGCUAGUCAUUUCAGGGUCGAUGGUAUAGUGAUCUCUCUGCAGAGAAAACUGUAAACUGAAUUAUUAUUAAGACAAAAUAUCUCAAAGUGCUGAGUGUUUGCUGGUUUCAAGAGAAUACUUUUGUGAUAUAGUUUAGAUUGGUAGUUUGCAGACACUAACUGGGUGACCUGAUUAUGUUGUAUUAUAUCUGCAUGUGAUAUGUGAUUGGUAGCUAGCUACUGUAUAUCCUUUUUCAAGAAAAGCAAGAAAAAACAUGGGAAAAAACAAAAAAUGCAAAUGCUUCUCUUUUAUUGUUCUUUUCUUUUGUUUGUUUUUUUGGGUUAUGUAUUGUAUGUAUAUUUCUUUGACUCCGAAGCGUCCUCAAAAUGUCACAUUGUGUUCUAUGAAUGUUUGUGUUUUAAUUUAUUUGUGGUUUGCCAAAAUGAAGAUUUGAAGCAUGUUGCAGGUAUUGUCACAAGAAAAUGAGAAAAAAAAACCUUACUAAGAAUGAUAGCCUAUGUAUUUGUGUGAUGGGGGAAAGGUGUGUUUAUUUGGGGGGGUGGGGGGUGGGGGGGAUUUCAGGGAGUAAAGAAGGACAGAAGGUUGCAAAGCCUCAAGAUUAUAAAAGGGAGUAUUUUUCUUCAUUGGGAGGGCAUCUAAAUGGAAUCAAGGAAAAUUCCUGCGCUCCCGUGAAAACGUCCUAGUCCCCUCCAUGAUGUCACUACUGUCCCUUCCCCAUUGGUCCUGCUCUAGACAGUGAUUUGGCUUAUGGGUAAUGCAGUUGACACAAAGAUCUGCACUGAAGUUCUCCCCAGUCGCAGAUCAAGGAUCAGUAUGACCUCCCUAUGCUUCAAAUCUUACUCGUAAAGGGAACGCGCACAUCUGACCUGUGAUCAGUUACUUCUGAGCGACUUUAUCCCACUCCUGACUUGAGUGUUUGGUCGAAAAACCGAGGUCUUAAAAGUUUUAAAAGGUGAAAGGUCGUUGCAAGACCAAACAGGAAUGUGCAAUAAAAGUUACAGCUUAUUCAAA